AUGGCGACGUCCAGUGAAUCCGCCAACACAAAAUUUUGGACUGUGGAGAAGGAGCAGAUUUUAAUAGAUAUGUGGUCGCAAUCUGCCUGUUUGUUUAUGAUUUCUUCGCCCGACUAUUCGGGUAUAGGAACAAGGAAGUACGAUGCGAUGCAAGAAAUAGCACAAGCCAUGGAAACAACCGUUGAUGAUAUAAAAAAGAAAAUGACGUCUAUCAGGGCAGCAUUUAAUCGUGCUAGACGCUCACCCCCUAGUGGCAGCGCUAGCAAAAAAGACGAGUGGCUGAUAAAAAACCUAGAUUUUCUGAACUCGUCUUCAGGAAUCUCCAGGUGUUAA